AUUAAAACAAUCAGCCUUAGAUAUAUUGCUAAUUUAUCGGUAGCUUAUGCUCUUUGAUAAACUACAAUAUCUAUGUUUGUUUUUCAAUUGAGCUUUUUAAUAGACAUUACAAGUGUUUAAUUUAUAAUUCAGAAUAAUUAUUACAAAAAUACCAUUGGAACACGAGCAGUGAUUUAUUGACAAGCAAUCAAUUGCAGAAUUAACGUGUGACGUAUGUAAUUGCAGUCAUCCACGUAUUUGACCAUUGGCAGACAAUUUAUGCAUAAAUCUGAAUUAUGAUACUCGCUUCAAAAGAUUAACUUUAACUUUUUCAAUUUAUUAUCAAUUGCGAUAUUUAUCCACCAGGCAAAUCGUCAGUUUAUUUGCACGCAUACGACGUAGCAGUCGAAUAUUGCGCCAUUAAUUUCGCUCUCAGAUUGAAUCAGUGCAAUCGUCAGUCACUUUAUAUGGAAAUUACUCAUUUGACAGUUAAAACGGAUUUUUUGAUAAGCUUUACUGAGUGUGACAGCUAAUGGAAAGACAUCGCUUUCACCAAAAUUUUUUAGAGCCAAUUAGUUUUUCAAACAGUGUCAAAACAAAAUAAUUUCACCUUACCCUGGAGGUUAUGUCGUGUCACUGAUCAAUAAACUAAUGGAAGUGGAGAUAACAAUUUACUUUUGGAAAGUAAUGAAGACAAAUCUUUAAAAAAAAAAGAAAAAAGAAAUCUCAAAAUGAAUAGUUUAACUGGACAAUUUAGGAAAACCACUUGGGAUCCUAUACUCAUUGUUGCUCAAAUUAUUGCUGUACAAUGUCUUAUAUAUUUUAUCUUGGGAAUCAUGAUAAUAAUGAUAGCUACUCUCCUUGGAACUACAAAAUCUCUAGAUUAUGCUUUUCAGUACAAAGAAAUACAUGUACGAGAUUUUGGAGGACACUUAGUUAUUUUUAUUUUUAUUCUUAACUCAAUUGUUGGUGCAUUAGCAUUGUGGUAUCUUGUUCAGAGAACAAAACAGUGUAUGGACUUUGCGUGUACAGCUCAUUUAAUACAUUUAAUUUGCUGCUGGAUUUAUAAUGGCAGCUUUCCAACAACAUUUAGUUGGUGGUGUUUAAACUUAGUCACUACGACUAUCAUGUGUGUUUGUGGAGAAUUUCUGUGUAUGAAAACUGAGUUGAAAGCUAUUCCUCUGAGUAUGUUAAGUCAAAAGACAGCCUUGUGAAAGUAACUUUUGUAAUGAUGUGUACAGUAAAAUUAACUGUUGACUCCCUAAGUGUUUGAAAGAUAUUUGUAAAAUGUUUAGUGAAUCAACAAAUUGUAUAGUGUUAUAAAUUUUCUUGAUAUUCAAGUUUUAUAAUAAAAUUAUUAUAGUUU